AUGUCUUCGUCACUUGCUCGUCCCAUGCUCCGCUCGCCGGCUCUGCGCCAGCUUGCUUUCCGCCGUAGCGAGAGCACCGCCGCCAACAAGGCCUCUGAGACCGCCAAGGACGCUGCCGCCAAGGCCAAGGAGUACCAGGCAAAGGCUACGCAGGGCCUGUCGCGCGUCGCCGGCGCUGCUGGACCUGCCAUUGCCGGCGCUGCUCGUGGCCUCACCAGCGCACUCGGCAAGGUCGGUGGACGAACCGGCAAGCUGAUCAACUUCGUUGAGAAGCAAACCCCUCAGGCCGUUUACUACGGCAAGGUCGCCCUUGAGACCGGCAAGAUCGUCUUCCACGCCCAGAAGAUGAGCCCUCCUUCCGUUGCAACCUUCCAGUCCUUCUACCAGUCUCUGUGGAAGUCCGUCCAGAGCGGCGCCAUCUUCAAGUCUCCUCAGAACCUCCUCCAACAGGUCCGUAGCCUGACGCCCAGCCAGCUCGUUGCCGGCGGUGUCAUCUUCGCCGAGUGCCUUGGAUUCUUCACCGUUGGUGAGAUGAUUGGCCGAUUCAAGCUCAUUGGCUACCGAGGAGAGACUGCCUCCCACCACUAA